AAUACUUUUCAGCUAUUGUUGAACUUAUCGAAUUGUUUACUUAAGCGAUUAAUUAUCGAAAGCGCAUUUUCAUUGAAAAUAUGGAUAUUUUAAGUUGUGAUAAGGAAAUAGAGGAUAAUAAUCCGAAUGAAGAAGUAGCAGGUGAUCAAAAAGAAGUCGCCAUGCAGGAUUCUGUUGAGACCAUAGUACACAUUAUUAUGGAUCUCGCAGCACGAAAGAGAAGAGAAGAAGCAAAAUCUUCUUCUUCUGAUUUUGUUGAGAAAUUGAACAUAGACCAAGAAGAGUCAUUUGAGUUAAAUGAAAAAGGCGAAGUAAUGGAGGAAGUAUCGAAAACAAUAAACGAAUUUGAUGAAGCAAAAACUGGUGACGAUCGAUACUCAUGGGAAAGUGAAUCCAUGCAAGAUGACGGUGAUGAUAGAAAAACCACAAAGUGUUCAAACAUCUUUUGUUAUUUAUUUAUGAAACUCCCAUCUGUCAUUUUUUCGUGCUGGAAAAGAAAAAAAUAAAUGAUUAAUAAUGAAAAAGAGGAAAUUGAGCUGUUGCAGUUUUCUUCUUCUUAUGUUUAUAUAUCUUGUGCCAAUUUAAUUUUAAAAUGCAUUUCCAGUAAUUAUUCUGGAAUUCAUUCAAAGUUAAAAUAUUCAGUCUAAACUGAUUGAGAAGUUUGAUGGAUUUGUUAAUUUUUAAUGCUCAUAUCAUCGGAAAUAUGCAAAAUGAAAAUUCAAAAGAAGAGCAUUUUUUUGGAAUAAUACAACAGCAUUGAUAGCAUAAGAAAAAAUGCUUUAAAAUAGAUUAUUAUAAUGACAAUUAAUUAAUGGCUUUGUUUGUUAAAUUUAUUUUUAAAAGCCGUU